CCCAAUACAAACUCACCCCUUGACCAACCCACCAACCCACCCAAUCCAUCACACAUGCAGAAAUCCGACCAGCCCACCGGCAGCACCAUGCAUCUCGAAACAGCCACCGAAGCCGACGCCCCCGCCCUCGCCGCCCUGUACUUCACCUGCUUCACCAACGCGGCCCACCGGCGCGUCUUCCCCCCGACCCCGGAGAUGCACGCGUGGUGGACCGCCAGCCUCCGCCGGAAGAUCGCAAGCGGCCGGAGCCUCCCCUCCGCUUCCUCUUCCUCUUCCCCGGCGCCUGCGCCUGCCUCUUCUACCCCCCUUCAAGGCCUCGAGCAAACCCAGCCUCAACCCCCCGAGACACAUACCCACACCCAGGACGCAAAAGACCCCACUCUCCCACCCAACCUCUCCCCCUCCGACAAAGACCUCCUGCUCCGCCUCCGCGCCCAAACCACCCGCCACCGCGAGGAGGAUAUGCGCGGCGUCGAGGGCGGGUAUUAUUACCUCAGCAUCCUCGGCACCAAUCCCGCAUACCGGUCCCAAGGGCUGGGAUCCCGGCUGCUGGCGUGGGGGAUCGAGCGCGCCCGCGCCGAAGGGAGACAGAUCUACCUGUGUGCGUCGCGGGAGGGGCGGCCGCUGUAUGUGAAGCGGGGGUUUGUGAGGGUUUCGGAGGGGGAGGUGGUU